AUGCCAUGUCCUGGGACGCUUCCCUCCCAGCACGAAGACCGAUCCGUUUCGAAGAACACAGUUUCAAGUCAGCUUGAGCCCGAUCUUCUUCGUGGCCUACCGCUGCACGAAGCGCUGUCUGCGUGGGGUCACCACUGGCGAAAUGACGUGACACCCAUGAGCUACGCGCUCAGCCGUCCCACCAACACCUUUGAUGGCUUCCUCAGCCAUGAUUGGGCCUCGAGUGGUUGGCUAAAGUUUCUUUCCCUACUGAUCAUCUUCAACUCAGGUGCUGCCUUUUGGUCGUGCCUUGUGGUCAGCGUAUUGGUGGGCAUUCUCCGUGGUUACGGAUGUCUUCCAGAUGAACACUGGACUGUGGCGUUUGGCCACUUCAUCUACUUCUUCGUCUUUUUCUUCUGGCAGCGGCUGCAAAUGCCUUGCCGGCACUCUCGGAUGAUGUUUCUGGACAAGGUGUGCGUGGCACAGCAUGACGAUGAGUUGAAACACAAAGCAAUUAUGGGACUGGCUGCGUUUUUGCUCAAUUCGCAGGAGCUGAUUGUGCUGCUGUCAUCGAGGUACUUUACGAGAUUAUGGUGCGUUUUCGAGAUUGCCACAUUCAUGAAAGAUCCGGAGCGACGUAAGCGCAUACGCUUGAUGCCGUUGAAGAGCACCGUCUUGCUCCUCUUGGUGUCUGGAUGUUGGUAUUUAUUGAAUAUUGGCUUCAACACGACCAAAUUGGUUUUCUGGGACUAUAACUCGAGUGAGACUGAGUCGAGUUUCGUGUUCGAGACAGUGGCUGCAAUCGUAUCCAUGUUUAUCUUCUGUUUCGUCUUGCUGCCCGUUGCCUUCUACGUCGGCAUGGAGAUGAGUGAGGACAUGGAGGUUAUGCCACAGCAGCUGCGAAAUUUUCGCGUCCAGGAUGCGAAGUGCCUCUGCUGCUCCAUCGACCAUCGAGACCCCAUCACGGGAGCACGGCUGCCAUGCGACCGAGAGGUGCUGUACGCCACGAUGAAGGAGUGGUAUGGCGGAGACGCUGCAGGUGGGAGCCGUUGCAAAUCACAUUCAGUUGAUUCGUAA